CUGCGAAGUUUCAAAUUCAGUAGGAGUUGUGGGAAGUAGAGAUGUCCAUGUAAGAGCUGUUGUGAACCAAAAAUAUGAAAUUCGAUUAUCUGAUGAGUUUGUUCUGCGUGGCAACAUGGCUCUUCUCCGGUGUCCUGUCCCCAGUUUUGUUAGUGAUUACGUCAGAGUAACAUCGUGGGAGAGAAUUGAUGGUUUCCUAAUAACACCUGGCUUUCUAAGUGGAAAAUAUGGUAUUUUGCAAAAUGGUGAUUUAUACAUCCGUGAUACGACAGAACAUGAUAGUUCUUUUAGUUUUCGAUGUCACACAGAAAAUACUGUUACAAGAGAGAAGAAAGUCAGCAUGACUUACUCCAAAAUUAUAGUUACUGAACCUCAUCACAACCAAGCGCCGAGGAUCAUGCGUAGAUCCAGCAGGGUAUCAGUUCCUAUCGGUCAAAAGGCAACCCUGUCCUGCAUAGCACAAGGGCACCCAGUUCCUUCUUAUCGUUGGCAUAAAGUUGCUGGCGAACUCAGAACUCUUCCGGAACUUGGAUCAACAGUAAGGCAGGAAGGUGGUGUGCUUGUUUUUCAUAAAGUUGUUCAAGCAGAUGCAGGAACUUAUAUUUGUGAAGUCAGUAACAGCAUUGGACAAGACAAAGUGGAGGCUGAACUAAUUGUUGAAGAACCAAUUCGUGUCAGCAUCUACCCAUCCGAGAUGCAGCUUGACGUCGGGAAGACAGCAAACUUCAACUGUUCCAUCCAUGGCGGUCCAAUCGGUUCUCUGACGUGGAAGAAAGAUAUGAGAUCCCUCUCCGUCAAUCAGAGACUGGUAUUCCCCACGCCGACAUCCCUACAAGUCAGGCAGGUGAAAAGACAGGAUUCCGGCAUCUAUCAGUGCUUCGUGAGCAGGGAUGAUUUCUCGGCACAAGCGGCAGCCAGGCUUAUUAUAGGAGAUCUAGCACCGAAGUUCAAGAUGACAUUCCCAGAAAAGACAGUCAGGCCCGGAAGUUACGUUUCUCUAGUUUGUGUCACUUCCGGCAAUCCAGCACCUCAAAUGAAAUGGUACUUAGACGGAAUAUUUUCAUUGUCCACAAGGCCAGGCAUACUAGUGAGCACUUACCUAAGUAACGCUGGUGAUGUGAUUAGUUACCUGAACUUUACGUCAGUAGAUGUGUCAGAUAGUGGACUGUAUGAAUGUGAAGCUUACAAUGAUGCUGGAAGCUUGAGGUACUCUAAGCGGCUGAAUGUUUUUGGACAACUUUUCAUUCGUCCCUUGAACAAUCUAACUGCAUUAGCAGGAACAACUUUUAGUGUUAACUGCCCUUUCGGAGGAUAUCCGUUUGACACAAUAACAUGGAAAAGAGAGAAUAGGCUUCUCCCCGUGAACCAGAGACAGCGCGUCUUUCCCAACGGUACUCUUUCCAUUGAUGCUGUACAGCCGCGAGUAGAUGAUGGAAGAUACAGCUGUGAAGUCUCCUACCAGGGUAUACCUAUUAGUCGAUCUUUUCGCAUACAAGUCAGAACCGGGCCAAAGGUUGCCAGCUUUGCUUUCAAAGAUAAUCUUCAUGAAGGAAUGCUAACUGCUGUGACGUGCAUCGUGGAUGCUGGUGACGGUCCUCUUACUACUAGGUGGUUGAAAGAUGGACAAGUUUUGAUGGAAGACGACUUAGAUGCUGCUGUAUUGUACGCUCAAGAAGGAUAUGUAUCGACACUAACAAUCAAAGCGCUAGAAUAUAAGCAUAAUGGAAAUUAUACGUGUGCUGCCACGAACGAUGUGGCUACAGGCUCCUACAGUGCUGUACUAACGGUAAAAAUUCCUCCACGCUGGAUACUUGAGCCCAGUGAUAUAGUCGCUGUGUCAGGCAGAUCGGCAAAAAUAAGCUGCCAGGCUGAUGGGGUGCCUCAUCCUCACAUAAGGUGGAAAAAAGCAACAGGUCAUCCUCCAGAAGAGUUCAAAACAAUUGUGAGCAGUUCCCACGUUCACAUUCUGGUUAAUGGUUCACUGAAUUUCCCGAGUGUGGAGCCAUCUGACGAAGGAUAUUAUCUCUGUGAAGCAAACAAUGGUGUUGGUUCGGGGCUUAGUACCGUUGUUCGCCUUACAGUUCACAGUCCUCCGCAAUUUCAUUCUAAAUUUAAAGUUUUGGUUACCAGGAGAGGAGAGAAAACAAUCAUCGAAUGCAGUGCUUAUGGAAAUAAGCCUAUUACCUUCCAGUGGAGGAGGCAAGGUGUUAUUAUUGAGCCCACCGCGGAAGCUCGGUACAGGAUGACGAACGAAGCGCUGCUGGAUGGAGAUAGAACGAAAUUGAUUAUCGAAAAAGCUGAAAGGAAAGAUUCUGCUUUAUUUACAUGUACUGCUAUUAACGAUUAUGGGGAAGAUUCGAUGAACAUGCAAGUAACAGUUCAAGACAUACCAGAUGCUCCACAAAACUUAGAAGUCCAUGAUAUAUCCAGCAAAUCAGUCAGACUAACUUGGAACAAGCCCUUUGAUGGAAAUUCACCUAUACUGCAAUAUACCGUUAUGUGGAGACAGUUAAAUGGAGAAACAGCUGGUGGUCCUGUUACGGUGCCUGGGUCAGAGACAACGCUUACCAUACGAUCUUUGAGGCCAAAAACACGAUAUUUUUUUCGAGUAAAAUGUGAAAAUAGUUUGGGAGAAAGUCAGUUUGGAGCAGAAGUAGCAGCAACAACUCUGGAAGAACCUCCGCGAUAUGCGCCAGAUAAUGUCAAAGCGAAUACACUAUCGUCAAGAUCUAUAAAUGUAACAUGGCAGAUACCUUCCGAUGAAGACAAUGAUAAUGUUGAAGGAUUUUAUGUUGGUUAUAAGCUGUUUGGAAGUCCAGAUACCUACACAUUCAAACCGGUUGAUUCAUAUCCUAGUAAAGCUCAGUAUUAUAUAGUGACGAAUCUCAAUAGAUUUACUGAGUAUACUUUUGUUGUGCAGUCAUUUAACUCAAGGGGAGCUGGUCCACCAUCAGAAGAAGUGGUUGCAAGAACGUUGGAAUUCGAUCCACCUGGUACCCCAGUAAUAAAAACGUACUAUGCAACCUCGACAACUAUAAAGUUAACUUGGGAGUUAAAUAUCUUGCCUAGUGCGCCAGUUACUGGCUAUGUUCUUCAUCAUAAACUCGAAGAAACACAUUGGCUGGAAACACAUUUGAGCGGAGAGCGAACUGUUUACACAUUAAAGGAUUUGCAAUGCGGCUCGACGUAUUACAUUUAUUUAAUUGCUUUUAAUUCUGUAAGUCAAGGCAAUGCGAGUGAAAUUAUCUCUGCUAAAACAAACGGAAAUGCUCCAGUAGCUCCAGACAAAAGAAUGCUUAUCACAGUCAAUAAAACUACAGUUUCGGUAAACCUGAACAGCUGGCAUAAUGGCGGUUGUCCGAUAAACUAUUUCAUCAUUCAGUACAAAGCUGCAGGGCACCACGAAUGGACACUAGUGAGCAACAAUAUCAUUCCAGAACAGCAGACGAUAACCAUUACUGAUCUUACCCCCGGAGCCUGGUACUCUCUCCUGAUGACAGCUAGAAACGAUGCAGGGUCGACAGAUGCGGAAUACCUUUUUGGAACUUUGACACUUACUGGAGAAUAUCCUCCAAGACCUUCUGAAGUAACAGACGUCAAUGGCUCAUUUUACCGUCAUUUAACUAUUACCGUCCCUGUAGUGAGCUCAACAGUAGUAUUAGUGGCUGUUCUCUGUGUAGUGUGCAUCAUAACAAGAAGAAGGACAUCUGGACGAAAUCCUAGAACAGCAGAUGGAAAUGAACCAAGAGAUCCAGUCAAACCAGACAGCGUGCCUCUAUCUGUGACGUAUGACAGCAAUCAAGAGCCAACGUACUAUCCGUCCCCUUACGCUACCAGCAGUACGCCUGGGUACAGCAGAGAACACUGUGUUCAGUCAAGCCAUCAGCAAAAUAUGGGGACCUUCGGUAGCAACAGGAGUGGAUAUGCAUACGAUAUUCCAUAUCCACAAAGAAGGGUAGAAAAAUUUGAUGAGACUUAUCAAACUUCAAUUGUAUAUCUUCCAGCAUAUCAUCAUACAGGAUCUCAAGUCCGGCACCAAGAACAAGCCAUUUAUGAGGUUCCGGACCUGGGACGGAGAAAACAAGAUGGAGUAAGAUCUUGGAGAGAUUCAGGAGAUGGUAACUCCAGCAUUGGUUCUGAUGAUAACGAGGAUGAGCUCAUACUUUCUUCCAAAGAUAGAAUGUUCCGAGAUGAAGCUAGAGAGUCUGAAACGGAAUGUGACAGGUUAUGGAAGUCAUUUCAAAGCAGUCAAUAUGAAGAAAGCAAAAGGUGGUCUUCGGAUCGUGAACGAGUGGUGCUGACGUAAUAUUUAAAACACACCGCUUGCAAAAUUGAUGUUCUAUGAGCUGAAAGAAAAAUUCUUUUACACGUCUGGUGCUACUGAAACCAUUGCACGUAUGGAAACCAAUGUGAGAUGUAUAUAAAGAAAACUAUUUGUACAGAAAGUUUGUGAAUAA